CGCGCUGUCGUAAUGGCGUUCGCCAGGGAUGAAAAACAUGCCUCGGGCAGUGAUGUCGAGAGACCUCACAGUCCUGACUGUGGAGAGGGAGAGGAGAUCAAACGGGAUCUGAAAUCGAGGCACAUCAACAUGAUUGCCAUCGCAGGCAUGAUUGGAACGGGUCUCUUUUUGAGCUCUGGUCAGGUCAUUGCUCUUGCUGGCCCAGCAGGUGCUUUCUUGGCUUAUAUCUUUAUGGGUUUCGUCACUGCUGGUGUUUCGUAUACCACUGGUGAGAUUUCUGCCUUUAUGCCUUGCAGUGGAGGCUUCGUUCGUCAUGCUACGAGAUUCGUAGAGCCUGCUCUUGGUGCUGCUACUGGUUGGAACUUUUGGUAUACUAUGGCUAUCUCGGCACCAGCGGAGAUCACUGCUGCUGCUACAAUUGUUCAGUUCUGGAAUUCAUCCGUCAGUCCUGCAGUUUGGAUCACUGUGUUUGGCCUUGUCAUCGCUGUUCUCAACUUCUGCGGCGUUCGUCUCUAUGGAGAGUCCGAGGUUGUGUUCGCAUCGCUCAAGAUCAUGCUGAUCAUCGGUCUCAUCAUUGGCGGCAUAGUCAUCGACCUCGGUGGCACCCCGGGCCAGGAGCGUCUGGGCUUCCACUACUGGAAAACCCCGGGCGCGUUCAACGAGUUUAUCGAGACUGGUAGUGCAGGAAGGUUCCUUGCGUUCUGGAAAGUCCUCCUGACGUCAGCUUUCAGUUUUGGUAACAUCCAAGUUGUCGCCAUUGCAGGCGCCGAGACCCAGAACCCGCGCAAAAUCAUCCCAGAUGCUACGCGGAAAACAUUCAUCCGGGUCUUCGUCUUCUACGUUCUCAGUAUCUUCAUUGUUGGACUCAUCGUGCCCUAUAAUGAUCCAGACCUUACCGUCUCAACAGGCACAGCGAAACAAUCGCCCUUCGUCAUUGCGUUCGUGCGAUCUGGCGUCUCUGUCGUCCCGCACAUCAUCAACGCAGUAGUCUGCACUUCUGCUAUUAGCAGCAGCUCGAGCUGUAUUUUCAUUGCAUCGCGCACCCUGUACGGCCUCAGCCAAGACGGCCACGCACCCAAGUUCUUCCAGCGAUGCAACCGCUUCGGAACACCGCACUACGCCGUCGGCCUGACGGUACUUCUCUUGCCGUUGAUGUAUAUGACUUUGGGAAGCGAUGCGUCCACGGUCUUCGGCUGGUUUGUCAACAUCACCACUGUUGCGGGCCUGAUUGGGUGGAUCGUCAUCGAGGGUACUUACUUGCGAUUCUAUGCUUGUUUGAAAAAGCAAGGAUAUUCGAGAGAUGAACUUCCUUAUCGCACGCCUUUCCAGCCUUACACUGCUUGGGCGACGUUGUUCAUGGUUACUAUGAUUGUAUUGACUUCUGGAUUUGAUGUUUUCACCACGGGAAGAUGGUCCGUAUCUACAUUCUUGACUUCGUACUUGAACAUCGGUAUUUUCGCUGCACUUUACAUCUUUUUCAAAUUCUUCCUCAAGUCUGAGGUCGUUCCCCUGGACGCAAUUGAUAUCCGCGGUGAAUUUGAGGAGAUCGAAAGGGAGCAAGCAGAAGGCUUGUAUCUCACCAAAGCUCAACUCAACUGGCCAUGGUGGAGACGUGCACUCCACUGGAUCUGA